AUGUGCGCCAAGAUCUUGCACGAUGGUGGUUUCGAUCAAGCACGCCUCGUUGCUGCAGUGAGUGAGAUGCGUCAACAGGUGGUGACAGACCUUGCAAAGUAUUCCGAGAUGCUGCUCAAGCCCUUGAAGCUUCCUAAGACCGUCGGGCCCAAGCGAGAACCAGAUGAAGCCGAUGGUCGUGACCCCAAGCGUGUCAAGGUGGAGAAAGAUGAGGAUGGUGAGAAGCCUGAUGUCGAUGCUGCUGCGAGCACAGCUACCAUUGGGGCUGAGAGCCUGAUGGACAAGAACGCUUUGUUGGAUUUCCAUGGGAUGAAAAAGCUUCCCUCAGGGGACGCAAAGAAGACUCAUCCUGUUUUCUGCCCGCACUGCAACGUGACCUUGAACUGUAGAGGACUUGCCAAAGUCUGGCAGCAUGUACGAGGCCAAGAUCACAGAGCCAAGAAAGCAAAAAAUGACGGUUGCUCAAAGAAAGGCAUCAAGGUAGAGCCUGCAGAUGUAGCAACGAAAGUCAUUGACGUUGGGUUGUGCAAGGGCCUGCGGUUGAAUGGCUCCAUAGGUAGGCAGACAAGAUUGGGUUCAGAUCUUCGAUCAAUGUGGGAUGAAUAUGCAAAAUAUGCUGAUCUUACAGACGCCAACGCGCCGAAAGGUGUGCAAGUCCACCAGAUCACCCGGAUUUUCAGUCAGAAUGACUGGAACAUCUGUCACUGGCAAUGUGCGAGUAGCUCGGACGAAACGAAGCAGGUCCGAAGGAAUGGUGAAGGUGAUGCAACUUGCUCCCAAUGCUUUUCGCUGGCAAGCGAUCAGAAAUUUUUAUCUCGUGUCUCAGGCUUCGUGGUUGACCUUGAUUCUGCAAGAUAUCUAUGGCAUCGGCUCUUCGCAAAUGAAGAGGCUGAAGAGUUGGAACAGUCCCUUCGCGCAAAGGAGAUCUACCAGAGACGCUGCCAGAGUACCUAUGAUCACCUCUUUUCACUGGACACUGAAGCCUUGUACAACAAGGUUCGGGCGCAAUGGCACGGGCGGUCAGGAACCCGGAUGACCGAAGCCCUCCAGCAGUUCUUUUCUACGGUCGUCAAACCUUGCUUGCAAGUAGAACCAGGGGCCAGCAUGCGCGACGAACAGGUGCAGAAGCUUCUCGACUUCUUGCGGGCAGAUCCCCAGACCUCUAGCCGGGACUUGCGCAUUGUCAAGGCUGUCAUCAGUGGCGAUCUGUCGCGCCAUCCGGCAAUUCAGGGUGUAAUGUGCGCUUGCCUCAACCGUGUGCACAUGCUUGAAAGUGGAAAUGGCACCUUUCGAUCAAAGCACCGUGCAGAAGAUGAGAAGCAACUUCUCUUGGAAGCUGGGGCCGAGCUGUCUGCCAUGGGGGCUAACCAUCAAUGCCUGGCUUUUUUCGGUCUGAGGUGGAGCCAGCAAGAGAAUUACCUGGGUACGCUGGAGAAGCUGCCACAAUGGGGUUUGCCUAUCUUCACUGCUCCUGGCAUGGACCUUCUGGCCCAGAACAACCAUGAUGUGAGCACGAUUUAUCCUCGCAACAGCAAUGUGCCGUUCAGGAGGCUCAUCAUGGCAAUCGAUCGCACCUAUUUAGUUUCGACACGCCAACUGUGCCGAACCUAUCGUGGAUCAAUUUUGGCAGGGGCACCGCACAGACCAAAGGAUUUUGUGGAGACGGACGAGUCUCACUGGGUGAUCAAUCGUGAUGGUGGGGAGCAGCAGUUCGACUUGAAGGGCUCCCAGAAAGCCAACGAGAUGGAAUCUUUCCUAUGCUGGGAUGCAACCAGAGAGCAUUCCCCGAAGGUUGAGGUGGCCGCAUUUCCAGUACUCUCAGCAGCGUCCAAGCAUGCUCGCUUUGAGGAGAUAAUGCCUUCCCCCGCACAUCAGCGUGGCAAGUGGGAGACGCUCUGUCGAUUUGGACCUGUGCUGGAGGCCACAACCUCGGUUCGGUUCAUCAUGAUGGAUGGCCAUGGCUCUCAUGACUGGUGCCAUCGCCUUUUGCUUGGUCAGGUUGUCCCGAUCCCUGCAGAGCUUUUGGAGACCGUACCAUUUUUCUCCGCUCUGCGUUACCAUGACCUUCCUGGCUCCAAGGAGUAUCCGCUGGGAUACCGUGUGUGUUUGGUGGGCAGCGAUGCGAUCAGCUAUCUGCCUGGCAUAGCUCACAUCGCGAAGAAUGUUUGUGAGCAGAUGCGAAGCAGCCUCAGAACGAUCAGGUUUGGCAGGUUGAGUGUAGACAUGUCGUCCGCACUGCAGCUUGGCUUGUGGCCGGCGGCCUUUACCGGCAGCGACGGGAUGUCGGACCACCAGGCCGCACUAUGGUUUCUCGGCUAA